ACUGUGCAUAUGUUGGCUUGACAGCUCGAGAAUCGCUGGGACUGCACUGCAAUUUACAACAGAUAAUCCUUCAUUUUCAAGGGGAAAAAAGGCUCAUAUAGAUUGAAGUAAUACAUUAUUGAAAAUACCAUUUUAAGUACCUUUUGAUUUUGGUGAAGCUGUUUGCAUGCAGCGUAUUAUUAAAUCAUUUCUUGCAUUGUAAUGCCAAAUUGGUAUUGCAGGGCAGGCUUGGUCCGAAUAUCUUUUUCUUUUGGUGUUUUACCAGAAUUCUAGGUUGAGAGCUCUCCCGGUUUAUGAUACACUUGGCCGAUGCAACGUAUCUAUUUUUAGCUGUGAAGUCGUGCACAUUGUGUACCAGCGCUUGUGGGAUUCUGACUGGUAUUUUCGACAGUGACUUGAUUCUCACCUAGUGUGACAAGUGGCCUGUGCAAUGGUCAGCUUCAGCCCCUGAGCCCUGAGAGGAAUGAUCUUCGCGCGACGGCUUUCAAAGAUUUGCAGAUGGUGUCUUUUUUUUCUGAGCAGUCUUGUUGAUGAGCCUAAAUUCCAGGAACACCAUUUCUUCCAGAAGCGAUGACAGCUUCAUGAGAAUUGGAGCGUUUUGAUUUCCCCCCCCCCCCCCCCCCCCACAAAAAAAGAAAAGAAUUAAAAUUCUUCCCUAAGCUUGAAGAUUAAAGUUCUCUGAAGAAUGUACUUAAAAUGGUUGCUGAUUAAGAAGAGAAUUCUGGGAUUGCAUGCAUCAUUCAGAUGACUGUCAUGCCAUCAAGUACCGAUAUUAUGGACAACUCCCACAGCCAGACUGUCCUUGGUUGUUUGAAUGAACAACGCACCAAAGGUGUAUUCUGCGAUGUCACCAUUGUCGUGGAAGACACCAAAUUUAAAGCCCACAAAAAUGUAUUGGCAGCUUCCAGCACUUACUUUAAGAACCUAUUUUCAAGCCAAGAGUUGUGGUUGGUCGGCCAUAUCCUUGAACUGCCUGACUUCAAGGCAGAUGUGUUUGCAGAAAUAUUGCAUUUCAUCUACAGCGCGAAGGUGGUGGCCAAAGGGUCUGAGCGAGCGAAAGAUCUUGUGGAUGGUGGAAAACGACUGGGGAUUUCAUUUCUGGAAAAUCUGGCGCCUUUCCCUCAGCAACACAUUGGGCCUGUGGACGCUCUGUGCAGCUCAUCAUCCAAUUCAACUCGAUCACUUUCUCCUGCCUCUUCCCUCUCCCUAUCAACAGGUUUUCAUAACCUGAAAGCCGAGGCCUCCAGUUCUCUAUGCGACAAAAGCAGUGAAGAUUUCCCGUCUAUUAAUGGGCCCCGAAUCACAAAUGCAUUUUCCAUUUUCAACUUGCAGGAUGGCAGCGACUUGUACUUUCCACUUGACUUGACAGCCAAUGGCAACAAGAAGGCCAUAGGAUCUGAUAAGCUGCCCAUGGUAUGUGCUCCCCAGGAUACAAAUAGAGCACAGCAGAAGCCUGCUCAGACCUUCGCUGAACAUUCCUAUGCCGUAUUCUCCGCCAGAAAAGCUCAGCAAAAUGGUGGGCACUCUGGUGUUCAAGAACCUUCAGAAGAAAAGGAAAAGCCUUUAUGCAGCGAUGGUUGUAACGCUGCUGGCACUGGAACCGGGCAGGAUGGUUAUCCAGUAGACCAACUUUGCAAGACAAAUCAACCACUUCACGCCACUAGUUCAACUGACUUUAAAGUUCUGCGGUUUAAUUUGAAUGCACUACAAGCCACAAGUGAAGGUCGUCCAGUAGGCUUAUUGCCACUUACUGAUCCAUUGAAUGAGCCUACCUUGAAUACGCAGGAAACUACCGGUGGAGUUACUGCUGCAGAGAAAUGUUCCCCUGCGAGGGAAAACGUGACAAAACCAGUGCCUAAUGCUGUUUCGUCUGAAACUAUGCCAGAAAAGGAAAGCCAAGCUGCCUACAGCUGUAUGUAUUGCCCGCGAUCUUUUAGCACUCGAGUUUCAUUGAAUGUUCAUUCCCAGAUCCACACAACCCUGUUAGAAAAGCCCCUGUCUUGCAGACACUGUGGUAAACCAUUUGUUCACCUCAAGAGGCUCCAGACACACGAGCAUCUUUGCAGAGGGCCCGGAACGGUUCUGCCCGACUCUGGUCCUACAGAGGAGCACAUGGAGAACUUUUCCAGUGACAAUGAAGUUGCAAGAAGUGAGGAGGAUCUAAAUAUGUCGUCUUGUGCUUCGGAACCGGAGAAUACCAACAAGCGCACACUAAAUUUGGUACGGUCAAGGCGAGGCAGCAGCUCACCGGACCCAGAACAUUUUGUCAAGGUUGUUGAGGGGCACAUUCUGUAUUUCUGCAGUGUUUGCAAGCGCUCCUAUGUGACUCUCUCCAGCUUGAAGAGACACGCCAAUGUCCAUUCAUGGAGGAGAAGCUAUCCCUGCCACUACUGCAGUAAAGUAUUUGCAUUAGCUGAAUAUCGUACCAAACAUGAAAUAUGGCACACAGGUGAGAGGCGGUACCAAUGCAUCUUUUGUUUGGAGACUUUUAUGACCUACUAUACUUUGAAAACACAUCAGAAAGCGUAUCAUGGCAUUGACCCAGGUCUUCCCAUGAAUAGGAAAACGGCCAAUGUGGGAUACAGAGCCAAGAUGUAUCCAUUCAAACUGUACAGGCUUCUACCUAUGAAGCUACAAAAGAGACCAUACAAAACCUACACUCGAUCAUGUCCAAAUAGGUUCAACCGUAAUCAAGUUUCUGGAGUUUCUUCAAAUGAUGAAAAUAUGGCACCUGUUGACCUCGGUAACCUUUCGAUUACCAAUCCAUCAUCUACUUCAGAGAAUUUGCAAGACAACUUGAUCUCUUCAGAGACCAUUCCUUCAGAACAGUCGCUUCAUUUUGCAUCAACUCGGGAUGGGCCAAGUGAAGAAGAACAACAACCUCGCCUGCCUGGAGAAAAUGGCUGCCAAUACAAUGCUUCCUCACCUGCUUGGACUUCAACAGAAGGUGAAGCUAAUAGUAGCAGUAAACGUUGUAUUGGUAAUGGACCACAAGGCUUGGCCACUGAUGUAAAUACAGCAGGUCUCUCUGUUAUUAAUUAUGGGCAUACAGCUCCCUCUGUGAUAAUGCAUAGCAAUAGGGUUUCAUCGGUUAUCAAGCAUGGAAAUGCAUUUUCUUCUGUUAUUACGUACAGUGGUGGUACAGAGCUUGGUAGCGAUGGUUAUCCGACAUGCCCAAAGACCAAUAUUAGUAGUGAUUCCUCAGAUGCAAAAACAAGGAAAAGCAUAACGAAAGAUGGUGUUAAAACGCAGAAUAAAAGUGGACUUAGGAAGGCAAUAGAAUCAGCAGUGGGAAGUGGACAACUGGCAGGACCUGGGGCUACGCACAAGAACCGAUCAAGCAGCUUCUCUGCUGGAAGCCGUACAGAAACCUACAUUGCGAAGCCUGCCUGCCCGGGAACCUCCAGAGACAACCAGGUAGCUCCUCUUUGCCAAAUUACAGUGAAAAUUGGGGACAAAGCGGUUGUACAAAGACACAUCUCUGGCUCCAAACUGUUCCGCCGAAAAGGUCGGAAGCCAAAAUGGAUGGUAGGAAAAGAAGAUAAAGUGGUUGAAAGUUUCAAGAUGGAAGAAGAUGAAGAUCAAAACCUGAAGUCGUCCAAUUGUCCAGAUCCUGCUGGAAGUAUCGCAGAUCCCGCAGGAGGUUUAGAAACAUGCGAUGAAAUGAGUGAUCAUGAUUCAAAUGACAAACUCUGGCGACCAUACUAUACAUACAAGCCAAAAAAGAAAGCUAAAGGGUUUCAUAAAAUGCGGAAGUCUAGGUGGAAAAAACAGAGAGGAACUAAGGACCAAAUUCAUCCUGAUUCUGUAUCUAGUACAACCGAAGAAAAGGAUGUUGACAUCCCUGAAGAAAUUACUCAUGGUAACGUCGUUGAUGAUGAAUCCCAAGAGAGCAGCAAUCGACUCGAUAAUAAAAUAAAGCCUGUCGAUGAGGAAAUGGAAAGCAACCUAAAAUGGAAUUUGGCUACAAAGUCUUACUCGUGCACUCUCUGCACAAGGUUAUUUACAAACUCUUCUACUCUGAAGACUCACCUCAGAUGUCACACUGGUGAGCAGCCAUUCACCUGUGAAACUUGUGGACGCCGGUUUUCCGUCCAAGGGAACCUUCACAAGCAUGAACGCAUUCACCUGGGCAUGAAAGAGUUUGUUUGUGCGCAUUGUGACAAAGCCUUCACUUUGAGUGAGACUCUGAAGAAGCACGAACGGAUCCACACUGGGGAGAAACGGUACCGCUGCCGCUUUUGUCCGAAACGUUUCCUCUACCUGAGCACCAAGAAGAACCAUGAGCAAAAACAUUUGGAAAGAAAACGCGCUCAGCAAGAAGGGAGAGAACACGUUUGUUUCCAAUGCUUUAAGAUUUGCAAAACGGCAGCUGCGCUUGGCAUGCACCAGAAGAAGCACUCAAGAAAAUAUUCUGCUUGUGAGGGUUCGGAAGGAUUGUUAAACGGCAAAAGUGACCAACAUGCAAACAUGAUGACUGAAUCCAAACACAAAAAUGAAGGCGAGGCAGAGGGUGAAGUCACUCCGCCAACCAUACCUGGAAAUGUCGACCAGAUUAAUCGUUCUCUUAGUACGGAACUUGGACCUGUCAUUAGCCAGACUGAGCCACAAACUGUACCACAGAACACUGACUGUGUUGCAUAUCCAUGGGCAAGUUCUCACGAAGUGGGACCAAGUCACUUGCAAAGAACGCUACCAGAAAACAGUGAGAAUAUGUGGAAAAUUCAUCAGCAAAGUCUAGAUAUAAAUCUGCCUCUUUGUACAAAUAUUUCAUACAAUCAGUGUGACAGUAGCCACGGAGAGGAUGAAAGACUUGCUUUCUAUCAACGUUCUUCCGAUAUGUUUUAUAGUCGGCAGGUGGAGGGGAUUGUCUACAAAGCAAUGUGAAAGGCCCAAUCUAGAGAGUUUUGUGUUUCCUGGGACUAGAAUGAUGUGGGGAUGUUACAUGAAACUUAACAUGUUUACCAGAGUGGUUGCUGUAUGUCACACAGUAUGGGCAACAGUAUAUUAUGUUUAAAGGUCAAAUAUUUCUGUGAAAUUGAGAAACUAGCCGUUUCCUUUUGAAGUUAAAAAAAUUAUAUUUUGUUUGUUCCAAUGCUCUAAUCUCCCAAAGUUCCUCAAUGUUGUCCAUUGCUAUAAAUUUGUUGAAGCCAAAAAGCAAUUGAAAAUAUCAUUUUCAUUGCUUUGUGGUAAUGUGCAGAAAGGUAAGCUCAUAGUGAAAGAUGAGGCAAAGGUUAGAAACCAAACUGAGUAUAAUUUUGAAAGAAACAAAGAACAAGUAGUUUUAUUGUAAAGUAGCAAACAUCCAGCAUAUUUGAUUUCCUAAGCACCAAAUGAUAUUGUAAAGAAAUGACAUGAAAACCAUGCAUAAGCCAGAUGCAGACUUAUCCCACACUCUGUAGCUGCACAUGUAUACAUGAUGACUCCAUGUAUGUAUAAGAAGGAACUGCAGAUGCUGGAAAAUCGAAGGUAAACAAAAAUGCUGGAUAAACUCAGCGGGUGAGGCAGCAUGUAUAGAGAGAAGGAAAUAGGCGAUGUUUCGGGUCGAGACCCUUCCUCAUGUAUGUAUAUAACUUUUUGUUACAGUGGAAUAUAUAACUGGAUAGAUUAAUUUGUGAGCUACUUGGUAUUCACAAGUAAAAGUCUAUUGAAAAAUUGUUGUGUUGAAGAUCCAGUUGAGUUGCAAUUUAUUUUCUAUUUUGUACAAAAUUAGACUUAAAUAUUGGAGGAAAAGUGACCACUUGCGUCCCUUGCUCUUUCCUGGAUUGUCAUAUGCGUUUGGGUUAUUUUUUCACCAGAAAACAGUUACAAAGAUUUACCGGAUUUUCCUGUUGUACAUAUUGUGAAUAACAUGAAAUUCCAUCCUGUACUUAUUGUGACUGCCGUUGGGUUAAUGUUUUGUGUAACUAAAUGCACAGUUAGUUUGUGUCAAGCCAAGUUUUUUUUUGGUGGGGAGAGGGGGUAAAGGUACUUUUGGAUAAAAUUGUGAAAAAAACCCGUCUCUGCACUGUAAAGAUAUAGAUGAUGGAAUUAAUUUGAUGUAAUAAAGCAAAUUAAAGACUGUCAUUUUUCUGU